CCAACAACGUGACAAUUCAGUUCAAUCAGAGCUACCACCGAUAUUUUUUUCAAUUUGCAGCCAGUCGAAAGAAACUUUUAUAAACCAGAGCAGUUGAGUCGACAUCGUCAGUCAUGAUGACGAAGUGCUUCAUAUUUUCCCUGCUGGGGUUGUUAUUUGUGUGCACUGCCCAAGCCGACACAAAAUGCAACCUGAGGGCCAUCUUCAAGACGCCAAGAAGAAGCAACUAUGACGAAUUCGAACUUAUGGAAAGAUCGAGCUUCUUGAACGAAGAUCCUAAAGCUAAGCCAGCUGAACCGACAAUUCCAAACACAUUUUCCAACGCACGCGUACUGCUCAGGCUUGGAGACUACAAGAACGCCGUCAAAAAGAACAACAACAACGUUAACACAAAGAUAACUUUGGCUGGUCCGAAUCACAACAACUACUAUCAACCCCCUUUCGUACAUCCUUACUAUGCACCACCAGUUCCUCCAAUGGGAUACCCUUGGAGUUUUUACUACCCAACUCCGAGGUUUCCACAGUACGCUCCUCAAUACUACGUGGUUGAUCCCUCAAGAUACGUUCCUCAAUACCCAGCAAUCCCUCCAAGAGUUCCGAUCGUGAGUCCAUACGAAAUACCUCCAAAACAACCUGUCCGCAAACCAAAAAUUUUGAUAAACGAUCCAAUCGUCUUGGACAACUCAGUUAUACAACAAAUUCCCAUUGCUUCGAUCCAACCAAAGAGCUCAGCAUCCAAUGGUUUAAACACAAUGACGGUUAUACCAAAAAUCCUCAUCGAUACUGUAGCUAAACAACCGGCUAUCGUUGAGGAAUUGGAGACGAAAAAACUGGCUGACUCAACCCUGAACAACAAGGAAAAUGCGACCAACAUUGAGCCAUCCACCGAAGAUCCAAAAAUCGAUAUCGGCGAAGAACCAAAGGCGCCAGAAGUUCAAGACCUGAAAAUCGAAGAAAUCCAACCAAACACCCAAAACUUGACGGCUGAGGAACCGGUUCUUGUCGAAGUGUCUCCUGAACAGAUUCAGAACAUCCCUGAAGAGACCUCGGACCAACAAAACUUCCAAAUAGUGGAACUAGCCCCUGCCAUUUCUCAAAACCAACCCCCGAAUGAGAUCUUGACCGUGCCGGACGUGGACAAUUCGCUCAACAACCCAGUUGAAGAUAAGAAGGAACCAGAUGUUGUGGUCGAGCAAGAAAUUCUCCUCAGGGACCCUGUUCCAGAGCCAGCUGUUGAACCUAUACAGCCAGAAUCACCACCUGAAGAGAGUCGCAUCCACAACAUGGAUCAUCCUCGUGUUCUCCACCCUGUGAAACUUUCGAACAACAUCGAAAAUGUUGAAAUAGUGGGUGCAGGAAACGUCAACAUUAGUUUGAGUAAGAACUCACCACCAACUAUCGAAAGCUGUACUAACACCAAAGACUUUGAGCUGGUCGAUCUAUUAAAGAAAUCCUUAGUUCCUUUCAUCAACUUAAAAACACACGACGAACCAAAACUAUUGGUUAGCUAUCCUAUAAUCAAUAACGUCGAUAAAAACAUACCUGAACAUCCUUCAGCCAUCAUUGUUGAAUCUUUAAGGAGGGAACCUACCUUCUGUGCUGCUUGUGCUGAUCGUGGACAAUCCAGAAGGAAGGAUGUUGAUAUCGAUAAUUUGAACAUAUUCAAAAUUGCUCCUGUGAUGCCGCAAGUGUUUUCUGAUGUUCAAGAAUCUUCAAGUGGUUAUUCAAUGUCAUCGUCAUCUGCCUCUCAGUCUGCAUCAUCCCCUGACGGUACCCCACAGACUAUUGUGAGUGGAUACCAAGUAUCUUCAGCAUCUGGAUACUAUGAAGACCCCACCAAGAAGAUUAUUUACAGGAAACCCACAGAAAUAACAGUGGUGCCACCCCAAAUAACCCAGGAUAUCCCUAGCUUCGUCCAACCCACAUUGGUCCCACAGAAUCCAGUUUAUCCUCAUCCACAGCAUGAGGUUAUUCCAGUAACUUAUGCAGAACCUAGGCAGGAACCUCCUCGGAUGAUGGAAAGAUCAAAACUGUUGGAUUUGUUCGGGUAUUUGUUGGCAGAUUUUGCCCCCACCCCUUCGGCACAUUCUAGACCAGGUGUUUGUCCAUACUGUGCAAAUUUGAUUAGAUUACCAACUGUGGUGAGAUGUCCCCAUUGCCUCAACUACCAUGAUGUAUCUAGAGCCUAUUCUUCACCAGAAGCACACAGGAGUUUCUGCCCCCAUUGUAUGGCUUCAAGACAAAUCGGGCAAGAGAUGUGGAACCCACCAAGAUUACCCACGAGGUGUCCCUAUUGUGCCAAAUAUAGGGGUGAACUGAACCAGCUUGGUGCAGCUUAAGAAAUAUAUCAAUCAAAAAAAGAAUAGUUAAUAUAAAGUAAUUUUUUGGGUGUAGUGCUAGAGUAGAAAGCUGUAGUUUAGAUUCAAAUUAUAAAAUCUCAAAAUCUAUUUUUGUAUAUUUUUCAAUAAAACUAAAAAUACA